AUGGCGGUCGCGGUGCGCGUCGGCUCCUUCGGGUCCCCUCCGCCGGGAUCAGCCUCGUCCAUGGCCGGCGAGCUGGCGCCGGGGAGCAGCGGCGCCGCGGGCGACGACGAGGACGGCCAGAACCUCUGGUCCUGCAUCCUCAGCGAGGUCUCCACGCGGUCGCGCUCCAAGCUCCCCGCGGGCAAGAACGUGCUGCUGCUGGGUGAAGAUGGAGCUGGGAAAACAAGUUUAAUAAGAAAAAUGCAAGGCCUAGAGGAAUACAAGAAAGGAAGAGGAUUGGAGUAUCUGUACCUGAAUGUGCACGAUGAGGACAGGGACGAUCAGACAAGAUGUAAUGUCUGGAUCUUGGACGGGGAUCUGCACCACAAAGGCCUCCUCAAGUUCUCCCUCGAAGCCGUCUCUCUGAAGGACACCCUGGUGAUGCUGGUUGUUGACAUGUCAAAGCCUUGGACUGCCUUGGAUUCUUUGCAGAAAUGGGCAAGUGUUGUUAGAGAACAUAUUGACAAACUGAAAAUUCCUCCUGAGGAGAUGAAAGAAAUGGAACAGAAGCUCAUUAGAGACUUCCAGGAAUACGUAGAGCCAGGAGAAGAAUUCCCAGCUUCCCCUCAGAGAAGAAACACCAUGUCCCAGGAAGACCGAGACGAGAGUGUGGUUUUACCUCUGGGCGCGGAUACGCUCACGCAUAACUUGGGCAUUCCAGUCCUGGUUGUUUGCACAAAGUGUGAUGCCAUUAGUGUAUUGGAGAAAGAACAUGACUACAGGGAUGAACAUUUUGAUUUCAUUCAGUCCUAUAUCCGGAAGUUUUGUUUACAGUAUGGUGCAGCACUUAUUUACACUUCAGUAAAGGAAAACAAAAAUAUAGAUUUAGUAUAUAAAUACAUUGUCCAGAAACUAUAUGGAUUUCCCUAUAAGAUUCCUGCUGUUGUUGUGGAAAAAGAUGCUGUAUUUAUUCCGGCAGGGUGGGAUAAUGAUAAGAAAAUAGGAAUAUUACAUGAAAAUUUCCAGUCAUUAAAAAUAGAAGAUAAUUUUGAAGAUAUCAUAACGAAACCACCUGUCCGAAAGUUUGUGCAUGAGAAGGAGAUUGUGGCGGAGGAUGACCAGGUGUUUCUUAUGAAGCUUCAGUCCCUCUUAGCAAAACAGCCACCAACUGCCGCUGGAAGGCCUGUGGAUGCCUCGCCCAGAGUUCCCGGAGGCUCCCCCCGGACGCCAAGCCGGUCCGUGUCGUCCAAUGUUGCCAGCGUGUCACCCAUCCCUGCGGGGUCAAAAAAAAUUGAUCCAAACAUGAAAGCUGGAGCCACAAGUGAAGGGGUCCUGGCAAAUUUCUUCAAUAGCUUGCUGAGUAAGAAGACUGGCACUCCAGGAGGCCCUGGGGGAGGGAGUCCUGCAGGUGGGGCUGGAGCUGGAAGCAGUGGCUUACCUCCGUCCUCCAAAAAGUCAGGCCAGAAGCCUGUCCUAUCAGACGUUCAUGCAGAACUGGACAGAAUUGCACGGAAACAAGUUACUGUUUCUCCUACAACACCCACAUCCCCAACGGAAGGAGAAGCUUCUUGAAGAUACCAAAUAAAGCCAUUCAAUUUUUUGGGAUAAUGU